UGCGGGGGGCCGGGCCUGCGGGCGGCCGGCGCGGCGCGCACCCAUGGACGGUCCGGCCAUCAUCACCCAGGUGACCAACCCCAAGGAGGAUGAGGCCCGGUCGCCCGUCGCGGGCGAAAAAGCUUCCCAGCGCAACAUCAGCCUAAAGAAGCAGAGGGGUCGGAGCAUCCUUAGCUCUUUCUUCUGCUGUUUCCGAGACUACAAUGUGGAAGCCCCUCCGCCCAGCAGCCCCAGUGUGCUUCCGCCACUGGUGGAGGAGAACGGCGGGCUUCAGAAGGGUGACCAGAGGCAGGUCAUUCCCGUACCAAGCCCACCAGCUAAAUACCUCCUUCCAGAGGUGACGGUGCUCGACUAUGGAAAGAAAUGUGUGGUCAUUGAUCUAGACGAAACCCUGGUGCACAGUUCGUUUAAGCCCAUUAGUAAUGCUGACUUCAUUGUUCCUGUUGAAAUCGACGGAACCAUACACCAGGUGUAUGUGCUGAAGCGACCGCACGUGGACGAGUUCCUCCAGAGGAUGGGGCAGCUCUUUGAGUGUGUACUCUUUACUGCCAGCUUGGCCAAGGUCUUCAGCUGGACUCUGCUGGCUGGGACAUUCCUGGCUGGGUCUGUAUUCUGUGCUGACAAAGGCAAGAGCCACACAUUCUGCUCCACCAGCGUCGUCAGCUGGCCUCCACGGGAGCUACUAACGAGAGAUCCCGAGCCUGGGUUUUGAUCUCAUGUACACAAGGCAGAACACAGCCUCAAGGAAAACAUGGUCUCCCCCAGUGGUGUCAAGACUAAUUGUACGAGCAGCUUCAGUGGUGCUUGUGACGCCGCUCUGGGAUACUGAGGAACCUGAAGUAAUAAGCAGCCAAAUAGCGAGCAAGCGGGAAGAUUGCACCCGAGCGCCGGACCGAGGCUUGGUUUUUGUUUUUUUCUUCCUUAGCAAGAUUGAAAACUCUUCCUUGGCAGGGUCCCCAGUGUUCGCUUAAACAUCCUUGUCUGGGCCGCUCUUCCUUGGCUGCUCCCACCUGCCCCACCAUCUGUUUCUCUAGCCCUACUUCAGAGUUAUUCUUGCCUGCAGAGCCAAACCCAGUUCCCAGCGCAGCCUCAGGCUUCCAGCCCCGAUGGUCAGGUUGGACUGGUCAGAAUUCCAGCUCUAGCUAAUGAGUUUAGCUCAGCACUCAGCCAGCAGCUUUUGUACACUGCCUCCCCGUCUCCUGCUCGGGGCCUGCAGAGACAGCCCGCUGACUCCCAGACAGCCAUGGUAUCUGUUGGUUUGUCAUGCACCCUUUGGUUCAUUUGCCCCUCUUGCUUAGUGGGGCGCCAAGGAGAAAUGAUGAGCCCUUGUGUCCGGUGCCUGUAGUCUUCAUCCCAGUCUUGCAAGCCGGGAGCCCCUAGACACUAACCUAAAAGAUAAUCGCCAGGACUGGAAAGAUGGCCCGGCACGGGCCGCCUUUGCAGAGGAUCCAGGUUCAAUUCCCAGCACCCACAUGGCAGCUCACAACUGUCUGUAACUCCGGUUCCAGGCAUUGAAUCCAAUGCCCUCGCCUGACCUCUGUAGACACUGUAUACACACAUUGCGCCCACACAUACAUACAUGCAAGCAAGUACCCAUACACAUAGGUUGUUUUUUUAAAUCAGUCUUUUAUAAAUAAAAAAAACCAAAGGCUGAUUUCAACACUAACGGUCACAGAGGAGAAAAGGAACCGUCUUUUUCCAUCUGAGCCAACCCUUUGUAGACUGCUCACGUGCCCCUUCGCCCAUCACUCAAGAGUACUCUAAGCUGCUCGGUCAGCGAGAGAUGCAGCUGCUUCCCUUGGGAUUCCUUGGAGCCGGAAGGACUUUCCCAGGACCCAGCCACAGUGCAUCCUUCUGUGGCUUUCGUGACUCAGCCUCCGUGUCCGCUCCCUCCCUGAAGGGGUUGCCAGCCCUGGGGCUUCCUGGCUGUGUGCCUCGAUUUGACCUCGCUGCUGAGUCCAAGCCUCAAGUGGAGCCUGCAGGAGGAAGCGGGGAUGGGAUGGGAUGUGCUUGCUGCUUGCCUCCAUGUUCCUCCUGAGACAGUGAUCAAACCGUGGGAACUCUAAGCAGGCCUGGGGUAGGAGGCUCUAUGUCCUGGAGUGGUUACUCUGACAGCUGUGAGGUAAAUGGGCUAGGAGGGGAGGCCCAGCAGGAAACAGGAGCCUCCCAAGUGAGGGGGCCUGGUCCUGGAAGAUGCAUUAGAACUUAAGAAAUAAAGGUGGGAGUCGAGAUAUUUUUGGAGAGGAAACUGACAAGAACUUCUGAUGGAUUCUAUGGGAGAGAACUGUAAGAAUGCAGUGCUUUCUGACACAGCAGAGAGGGAAUACCACAAUCCUAAAACGCUUCCAGCUAUGUCAGGGCCUUUUUAAAAAGUGGCCCAAGAGGCCGAUGAGAUGACGAGGUGGCUCAAGGAUGCAAGCCUGGCAGUCUGAGGUCAAUCCCUGGGACCUACCUAAAGGUGGGAGGGAAAAGCAAUUCCCUGAAGUUGCCCUCUGACCUCCAGGUGCACAUCACGGUGCAUCUGUGCGCAUGUACGAACGUAACAGUGUUAAUUUUUAAGUGAAAGAAGAGUAUGUGUGGGAAGAAGGCUUAGUUGGUAUAAAUAUUACUAAGCGUCUGCAACCAGGCAGAAAGCCAGAGUGCUUCUGUCGGUCCAGCACUGGGGCGGCAGAGACAGGGGGACCCUAAGGCUCGCUGGACAGCCAGUUUAGAGGAAUCAUAAGCUGUGGUACAAGGAGAGACCCUGCCUCAAAAAAGUAAGGCUGAGAGCAAUAGAGAAAGACAUCCAAUGCUGCGCGCACACACAUACACACACACAUGACCGUGCACACACAUACACAGACAUGCACCAAAACAAGGAGGAAUCCUAGGCCAUUUCUUGCAAGGCUCUUCAGCUUGUAACUCUGUCUGCUUCUCAGAUGAGCACGCUUCCCUCCUUCUUCAGGCUUUUCCUCAUCCCCACCCCCACCCCCCUCUUCCUCACCCCCACCUCCAUUCAGCUUCCUUCACUUUUCUCUAGCCUCCUCUGGGCAGCUGCCAAAAUUUAUAGCUUGCCAGACCUGGGGUUUUUUUUUUCUUUUCAAAUCUAAUAAAAUACACCAAAACAAAAUGUCUGAGCCUGAUGUGGUGACUCACCACAGCCCGUAAUCUCAGCACACAGGAGACUGUGGCACUGGAGGGCUCCCUCUUGGACUGCUAAGCGAGGACACAUCUGAAACACCACCCCAAAAAAGCAUGUGGGUCCUGGUGUCAGAGGUCCCAGUCUCGGGGCCCUCCAGGUGCCUCGCCUUCACAGAGACUCUGUU